GCAGGAAAGGAACGCCUGGCCAUUUGGAGAGUGCUGGUCGGUGAUACAAUGGCCAGUAUAAAUGUCAGCAGGACUGCCUAAGGGCAGCCAGGGAAGGACGCAGACAACUGCAGGAUAAGGAGCCACCUUCCAAGAUGGAGAAGUUCAAGGCUGCGAUGCUGUUGGGGAGUGUCGGCGAUGCUCUUGGCUAUGGAAAUGUCUGCAGGGAGAACAGUGCUCUGGGCUCAAUCCAGGAGGAGCUGCAAAAGACUGGGGGACUGGACCACCUUGUGCUCUCACCUGGAAAGUGGCCAGUGAGUGACAACAGCAUCAUGCACAUGGCAACCGCUGAGGCCCUCACCACAGACUAUUGGUGCCUAGAUGACCUGUAUCGGGAGAUGGUAAAGUGCUACGUGGAGACUGUGGAGAAGCUUCGGGAACAUCGACCGGACCCUUCCACUAUUGAGGGCUGCUCGCAGCUGAAGCCAGAUAACUACCUCCUGGCCUGGCAUACACCCUUCAGUGAAAAGGGUUCGGGAUUCGGAGCUGCCACUAAAGCAAUGUGCAUUGGCAUGCGGUACUGGAAGCCAGAGCGGCUGGAGACCCUCAUCGAAGUCAGCAUUGAGUGUGGCAGAAUGACCCACAACCAUCCCACAGGUUUCCUCGGGUCUCUGUGCACUGCCCUGUUUGCCUCUUAUGCAAUACAAGGAAAGCCACUUGUGCAGUGGGGGAGAGAUAUGCUGAGAGUGGUUCCGCUGGCUGAGGAGUACUGUAGGAAGACCAUCCGGCACAUGGCAGAGUAUCAGGAGCACUGGUUUUACUUCGAAGCUAAAUGGCAGUUUUACUUGGAGGAAAGAAAAAUCAGUGAAGACACAGAAAAUAAAGCCACCUUUCCUGACAACUAUGAUGCAGAGGAGAGAGACAAGACCUAUAAAAAGUGGAGCUCAGAAGGCCGAGGGGGACGACGAGGCCAUGAUGCCCCCAUGAUUGCCUAUGAUGCCCUCCUCGCUUCAGGGAGCAACUGGACUGAACUGUGCCAGCGGGCCAUGUUUCAUGGAGGUGAAAGUGGAGCCACAGGGAUGAUUGCCGGCUGCCUGUUCGGGUUGCUGCAUGGCCUGGCCCCUGUUCCACAAGGCUUGUACCAGGAGCUGGAGUACAAAGGCAGACUAGAGGAUUUGGGCACAGCCCUGCACCGCCUGUCCACAGAGGAGAAGUAAAGUGUUUCUGCCAUUUCUCCUCCCAGGGGACCCAUAGUGUCCACACUCCAUAGCCUCCCCUAGGUGAGGUUGUACAUAUGCAGUUUCUACACAAAGAAUCCAUGUCCCAUGGGCCAUAAUUAAAUUUUAAAUUUCCCCUCCAAUUUCAGAAUUCUGUUUGCUAUAUAAAAUACAUUGUCCUAUGAGAA